AUCAAACAGUUCCAUUAAACGGGGCGGCACACCUGAUUCUGCAUAUAUACCAGGGGUGCAGAUUAGCCCCUUUCAUCGACAGGAUCAUACAGCAACCAUGAUUUCUCUGGUCUUCGUUCUGCUCAUUGGAGCCGCUUUCGCCACGGAGGACGACAAGAUUGUCGGAGGGUAUGAGUGCAAGGCCAACUCCCAGCCCCACCAGGUGUCUCUGAACUCUGGGUACCACUUCUGUGGUGGCUCCUUGGUCAAUGAGAACUGGGUUGUGUCUGCUGCUCACUGCUACAAGUCCCGUGUGGAGGUGCGUCUGGGCGAGCACAACAUCAAGGUGACUGAGGGUAGCGAGCAGUUCAUCUCUUCAUCCCGCGUGAUCCGUCACCCCAACUACAGCUCCUACAACAUCGACAAUGACAUCAUGCUGAUCAAGCUGAGCAAGCCCGCCACCCUCAACACCUACGUGCAGCCUGUUGCUCUGCCCAGCAGCUGUGCCCCCGCUGGCACAAUGUGUACCGUCUCUGGAUGGGGAAACACCAUGAGCUCCACUGCUGACAGCAACAAGCUGCAGUGCCUGAACAUCCCCAUCCUGUCCUACAGCGACUGUAACAACUCCUACCCUGGCAUGAUCACCAACGCCAUGUUCUGCGCUGGAUACCUGGAGGGAGGCAAGGACUCUUGCCAGGGUGACUCCGGUGGCCCUGUGGUGUGCAAUGGUGAGCUUCAGGGUGUUGUGUCCUGGGGUUACGGAUGUGCUGAGCCCGGUAACCCCGGUGUCUACGCCAAGGUGUGCAUCUUCAAUAACUGGCUGACCAGCACCAUGGCCACCUACUAAGUCUGAUCCUAGCUUCGGUCCUCCAGCAUGGUCCCAGAACUCUACAACAUCCUGUGCAGUUCAACAUCUACCUUUUAUACUGGAGAUUAAAUACUAAUGACAAAUAAAGCAUUUAACAUCA